UGCAGGGGAAGGAGGGACACUUCAGGCUUGGCAGGUGGCCCUCCCUGAGCCGUACAGGCAGAGUGGGGGGGAGGAGGGAGGAGGCAGUGCAGGAGGAGGAGGAGGAGGGAAGAAAAAUGAAGACGGACCGGUUUCUCCAACUCCAACAGUUCUCUAGUAACUCAGCAGCUCCAGCAGCAGCCCAUCCUUCUCAGAUUGACUGGGAGACUGCAGCGGUAGGAGUAGAGGUAAAGGCACCUACAGCAGCUCUAGAGCAACAGAAGACCCAGGUAGAGACCCAGGGACAGGACAUUUCUCCCCAGACUGAAGUGCCUCUCCCUGGCCAUCAUGGUGGUGUCCCUGCCGGUGGUGUUCUGGCCGGUGGUGGCUCUCCACCCCGGGCUGUGCUCCGCAGGAGGCCAUCCCAGGACGGUGCUGCUCCACACAACAGGAGGGCGGUGAGCAUGUAUGGAGCCGCAGCCAGGCAGCAUCGAGGCUCGCUAAGCCGCCAGGACAGACAGGACAGGCCCAGGAGUGUGUGCAUGCUCGCAGGCCCCAACCUAAACCCUACCCUAUCAGAGCCCGGGUCCCACUCCCAACACACCCCCAGGAGGGGGGCUACAAGGUCUCUGGACGGUCCCCCACAGCAGCGCUGGACCAGGAGGGCAGAGCUGCGGGCGGUGGACGGCCUUAAGCCAGGGGUGCUCCCUCAGUGGACGGUGGCGGGGGCUGAGGAGAAGGUGGUCCCCAGGGUCCGGCAGCAGACCUGGAAACCGAGACCGGUCAGCAUGACUGUGUUGGAGCUGAGGAAGAAGGCCUCGGGGUCUCAGGAGGGGCUGGACAGCCAAGGAGGAAGCCAGGGGGGAGGUCUAUUUGGCCGCUGGAGGCUGUUCGGCCGACCAGCUCAAGACAAGGAGAAGGAGGAAGCCACAGACCCAGGCUCCAAGCCCAGCAGCAAGCCAGAUGCCCCCAAGAAGACCCUGAGCUCCUUACGCCGGACCCUCAGUCUGCGGAUCAGGAGGAACCGGCCGCGGGAGAGAGUGGACAUUUCUGAGGUGACAGCAGAGGAACGCUCACACAAUACAAGUAUGGAGCAGGAGACAUCUCUCCCCUUGCGGCCCUUCUCCUAUCUGACUGGGAGGACCCUGCCACCUCCUUGCGAGAGGGACGAUGAUGGAGGGAGGCAGUUCAUUCAUUACCACAGCCAGGGCAAGGUUAAGGUGAUGGAGGUGCCCCUCUACCCAGCCAAACUGUCCUCUACUAAACCGGCCCAGGAGGAGCCCAGCCUAUGGCAGCUCAUAGCCAGACGCUUUAGGAGGAAGGAGCAGCAGGAACCGUCCAACGGUAAUUGUGAACUCCAGCCCCGACACCAGAGCAAAGAGACUGGCAAAUAUUCCCUGGGCAGGAUUAAAAAGCCUCAGUCAGUUGCAAUAGAGACUCUGGCAGACUGCAACAAAGUUCAAGACUCUUUCGUCAAUAGCCAGGAGUGGACAUUGAGUCGAUCAGUGCCAGAGCUCAAAGUGGGUAUUGUGGGUAAUCUGUCGAGUGGGAAGUCUGCCUUGGUCCACCGGUACCUGACAGGCACAUAUGUGCAGGAGGAAUCUCCUGAAGGUGGUCGGUUCAAGAAGGAGAUGGUGGUUGAUGGACAGAGCUACCUGCUGCUGAUCAGAGAUGAGGGAGGCCCCCCGGAGCUGCAGUUUGCAGCAUGGGUAGACGCUGUGGUGUUUGUCUUCAGUCUGGAGGAUGAGAUCAGUUUCCAGACAGUCUACAACUAUUUCCUGCGUCUGUCCAGCUACAGGAACACAGCAGAGGUCCCCAUGGUCCUGGUUGGGACGCAAGAUGCCAUCAGUGCUGCCAACCCCAGAGUGAUCGAUGACUCGCGGGCGAGGAAGCUGUCCAACGAUCUGAAGCGCUCCACCUACUACGAGACCUGCUCCACCUAUGGCCUCAAUGUGGAACGAGUCUUCCAGGAUGUUGCCCAGAAGGUGGUGGCUCUGAGGAAAAAACAGCAGCUGUCUAUUGGUCCGUGCAAGUCCCUGCCCAACUCUCCCAGCCACUCAUCAGUCCCCAACGCAUCCAUCCCCUCUGUGCAUAUUAACCAGUCGGCAAACGGCGGGGGUGUGUUCAGCGACUACUCCUCCUCUGUGCCCUCCACUCCCAGCAUUAGCCAGAGGGAGAUGCGUAUCGAGACCAUUGCUGCCUCCAACACGCCCACACCCAUCCGCAAGCAGUCCAAGCGCCGCUCCAACAUCUUCACUUCACGGAAAGCCAACAGUGAACAGGCAAAGAACACUGACAGUAAAACAGAUAGCAUAGGCAGUGGAAGGGCCAUACCCAUCAAACAGGGCAUCCUUCUGAAGAGAAGUGGGAAGUCCCUGAAUAAGGAGUGGAAGAAGAAAUACGUCACACUGUGUGACAACGGCCUUCUCACCUACCACCCCAGUUUACAUGACUACAUGCAGAAUGUGCACGGUAAAGAGAUUGACCUGUUGAGGACCACGGUCAAGGUGCCAGGGAAGCGACCACCCAGAGCGGUCACCACCAUCGCCCCCACCGCCAGCCCCAAGACCAACGGGCUGACCAAGGACCGUAGCACCCUGCAGCUAGGAGUGGGCACUGCAGGUGCGCCCCACUCUAACAGUAGUACGUCCCUCCAGUCAGAGCAUUCGGUCGGCGGGGGAAAUCUGGUGGGCUUCGGGGGCAGUAAAGACGGCAUGCACCAACGCUCCUUCUCUGUGUCCAGCGCUGACCAAUGGAACGAAGCUGUCAUCAACACCACCAGUGCAAGCACCGGGACCGCCAACGGGAUGGCCGAGUCCCUGACCUGCAGCUAUGGGGUGGGCAGUGCCACCAGUCCCAAGCAGGAGCCUCCCCCCUCGCCUCACUCCAACCGCAAGAGACACAGACGGAAAAAGAGCACAGGCAUCACCAAGCCAGACGGACCAUCGACAGGCAACGAAGAGUCGGAGGAGUCGUUUGAGUUCACCAUUGUGUCUCUGACAGGCCAGAUGUGGUACUUCGAAGCAUCUACGUUUGAGGAGAGAGAGCUGUGGGUCACAGCCAUUGAGAGCCAGAUUUUUGCCAGCCUGCAGUCCUGUGAGAGCAUGAAGAACAAGUCCCGGUUAGGCAGCCAAAGUGACGCGGCAUCCAUUCAGUCCAUAAGGAACGUGAGAGGGAACAGCUUCUGUGUGGACUGUGAUACAGCCAACCCUGACUGGGCCAGUCUGAACCUGGGGGCUCUGAUCUGUAUAGAGUGCUCAGGGAUCCACAGGAACCUGGGGACCCACCUGUCGAGGGUGAGGUCUCUGGACCUGGAUGACUGGCCUGUGGAGCUCAGCAUGGUGCUGAUGGCUAUAGGCAACACCAUGGCCAACAGUGUCUGGGAGGGGGCCCUGGAGGGGUACACCAAGGUGGGCGCUGACGGCACCAGGGAGGAGAGGGAGCGUUGGAUCCGGGCAAAGUAUGAACAGAAGCUGUUCCUUAUGGAUGUCCCCCAGUCGGACGUGCCCCUGGGGCAGCAGCUGCUUCGGGCUGUGGUGGAGGACGACCUGAGGCUGGUGGUGCUGCUGCUGGCCCACGGCACCAAGGAGGAGGUCAACGAGACGUACGGGGACGGGGACGGACGCACUGCCCUGCACCUGUCCUGCGCCAUGGCCAAUGUGGUCAUCACCCAGCUUCUCAUCUGGUAUGGUGUGGAUGUGAAGAGUCGGGACGCUCGCGGCCAGACGCCGCUGUCCUGCGCCCGGCGGGCAGGAAGCCAGGAAUGUUCUGACAUCCUGCUCCAGCACGGCUGCCCCAAUGACCCCGUCAGCAGCCUGACCACACCCAACAUGAGCCGCAGAAACACCGAUGUUAACCCUAACCCUAACGUCAACAAUAACAACGCCCUCGGUGAACUCAACCGCAGUGUCAGUAUCAUGUAGGACCAGGAGUGGAUCUGACCGGACUCACGGAUCACCAAGGCCCCUGAACAUACACAUACUGUGUCCCCAUAGACUGCCCAGUGAUCGUACUACUUUCCCAGUGUCCAGUCCUCAUUCUCCUCUUACUCUACUUCAUAUUGUGCAACCUAGACUGAGUAACUGACAGUGGAGUUUCUGUUGUUGUUGGCGCAACGGACAGGAUAGAGAUAUUCCACGACACUGAGAGAGGUGCUUACCUGGUGGACAUUGUAUAUUGUAUUUGUUUUGUUGUUUUUCUCAUAUCAUCACCACAGAGGUGAAUCUCUGUCAGAAACGAUCAUGAUCAGCUUUAAAGCUUGUUAUUGUUAUUAAGCAUCAACCAAAUGAAUGGCUCAAGAUUUCUUUGUGUUUUUGGCAUUCACCUCUCCUCUCCCCACUCUGUACUAAAACAUUUCCUUUCAGGUCUUCAUCUGUUGGAGCCAGACUGGGUUUUUAUUCGACUGUUAUAUGAAAUGACUAAUUCCAUCCAUUCAUGCUUCCAUGCCAACAUGGAGAAAGAUAAACACCUUCGUAACAUUUUGCAUUAGAUACUCAAAAGGAACUGCUAUGUUGGAUGCACAGUGAUACCAUGCAUAGUCAGGUACCAUGGUAAGUGAUACCAUGCAUAGUCAGGUACCAUGGUAAGUGAUACCAUGCAUAGUCAGGUACCAUGGUAAGUGAUACCAUGCAUAGUCAGGUACCAUGGUAAGUGAUACCAUGCAUAGUCAGGUACCAUGGUAAGUGAUACCAUGCAUAGUCAGGUACCAUGGUAAGUGAUACCAUGCAUAGUCAGGUACCAUGGUAAGUGAUACCAUGCAUAGUCAGGUACCAUGGUAAGUGAUACCAUGCAUACAGGAAAGAAACUAUUACUAUCGAUAAUGUAAUAGAGAUUACGACACGUAAGAUCCUCCAUAAUCCAUGUCCCACCAAUAUCACAAUUAUUAAGGUUCUAUUUGACCCAGUUAUUAUUGGUACUAUUAAGCUAUCAAACUCUUGACAUGCCAUUUGUGUACAAAAGCAUGUCUAGUUGGAAGAUCAAAAACGAUUGAAAUACUUUACUUAGGGGCAAAAGGUUUAAACCACAAUUAGAGAUUUAAGAAAUGAUUGCACAAUGGGAGAUAGUAAAGAGAUUUAAUUAGUUGCCCUUGCAAAUCAUCCAUUAUUAUAAGGGAAUUGAUGGGUCUGUUUUAUGAGCCCCGGGCCAAAUGUUUUUUGUAAAGAUUCCUCUUCAAUCAGAAAUCUUUCACAGGAAUGAUUGAAGGAAGGAAAUUGUAUCAUUAAGACAUCUUUGUUGGAGUCAUUUCUGAACAGGUUGAAGAGUGUUGAUAAUUACUUGACACAUCACAUUAUCCUAAACCAAUUUUCUAACUACUACAGGCGUAAUGGAAUAUCUGUUCACCUCCUGCGGCCGAAGGCCCUGUAUAUUGGUACUCGUGAUACUAUUUCUUCUGUUGUUGCUGUGAACAAUGUGGUACGUGUGUGCGCGUGUGUGUGCUUAUGUAUGAGUGUGUGAGUGAAAGAGAGAGAGAGAGAGCAAGCAACUGAGUAAAUCUGUGUAAGGACACCAUUGGGAGGAAAGGUUAACAUUUAUAGUUGUUUGACUAAAAUAUGUUUUCAAGUGUACAGACCUAAAGUAGCUCUUUCUCCUAUAAGAUUUAUCCUGAAACGUUGUGGAUUAACUUUGACUUCAGGAGUCGUAAUUUCCUCUCCAACUGACUUUAAACCACCAUCCUUACUCAAUGGACCUAACCAAGUACAUUCAAGUGUCAAACUGUUGAGAUGGCGACUGAACGGGUCAAGAUGAUGGAUGAAGAGAAAAGCUGCGAUGACUUGAGACACUAUGGUAAUUCUUCAUGAUAAUAUCACAUGUAUAUAUCAGUACUGGGACAAGAGAAGAUAAAGGAGGAAGGGCUUUGACCACAGGAAUAUUCAAGUGAUAUUGGUAUAAAGUCUAUAGAGACAUGUAUUUUUCCUCGCACUUCCACUGUUUUAAGGAUUGAAGUUAAGACCCUGUUUUCUGGUUUUACUAUUGCGGUGUUUAUGUUUACAGGGCAAAGGCUCUUCAUAUUAACCCUGGUACUUUAUCUACAUGGUUUUGUUGAUUCCCAGCGGGCAUAACUGGUUGGAAUUAUAUCAGUAUAACCAUAUUACAAUCUGGUUGUAAACUGGUUGGAAUGACAUCAUUUAAACCAGCUUUGCUCGGUGUAUUCCCUCUGUAUUUGUAGUUUAUUGAAGCUCACAGAAUAUCAAUGGGGCUCCCGAGUAGCGCAGUGGUCUAAGGCACUGCAUCUCAGUGCACGAUGCCUCACUACAGUCCCUGGUUCGAUUCCAGGCUGUAUCACAUCCUACCGUGAUUGGGAGUCCCAUAGGGCAGCGCACAAUUGGCCCAGCAUCGUCCGGGUUUGGCCGGGGUAGGCCAUCAUUGUAAAUAAGAAUUUGUUCUUAACUGACUUGCCUAGUUAAAUAAAGGUUCAAUAAAUAACCAAAUUACAUUUUGACUGAUGGUCAACAGAGCUUGUAGACAGCCUUAAGUUAUAACGGUACAUUGACAAGUUGUUUUUUUCCUUAGGUGUGCAGUAUGUGUAUAAACCACCAUGGCACCAGCUUAAUUAAAUACAUUCUUGAGUAAAUUUCCAAGUAUGUCUGAUAUACGGUAGUAGAUUAUUUCUUAUAGGAGUUUACGGUAUAUACUUACCUGAUGCCAUAGUACCUUUUUCACCCUUGUAAUAUUUCCCUUCCCCACUGCUCUUAAUGUUGCCUGACUAUAACCAUUAUUCAUUCUAAGCAAAGUGUUUUCCCCCAAAGACAGGCUGUUCUGACAUGGCACCCUAUUCCCUAAAUAGUGCACUAUUUUUGAUCAGAGCUCAAUGCGUGACCUGGUCAAAAGUAGUGCACUAUAAGGGAGAAGGUUAAUUACCAUUUCAGACACACCCAGGAUGUACUGUAGAAAUGGGUCCAAGAUCCUCUAUGACCAGACAAGCUUCCAGACAAACAAUUGAAAAUAUUUGAGUUUCCGGUCACUCUUUUUUACUUGUCAACCCUAUUUUUAUAUCUUGUUAAAUUCUUCCUCUUUGUUUUUAAGCAUAUUUUUAGGUACUUUGGUCUCAAUGUAUCUACAUUAUCUGACCAUUUGAGGUACUCUGUGUAUAAUGAUGUACAUUUGACAUAUUUAUAAUGCAGUAUGUAAAUAUGGUUUGUUUUUUUUGUUUAAUUUUCCCGUAUUUUUUUUUCUCUGUUUACGUUUAGAACGUGAAACAAAGGUUAAAGCUAAAAGGUUACCUGAAGCGUGAUUGGACGCUUGGAUGACUGUUCAACUAUUCAAACACUCCAAUAAAACAAUGUAGCCUUUCCUGGAUUUGGGAAAU